UUCGACAAUUUCGUGCAGUCUGAUGGCGUCGACGUCGCCGAUAAAGGUAUAAAGUGGGCAAGGGCUCCAGAAUUUUGUUGCACAAGUCGGUGGUUUUCAGGACCAUCAUUUUUAUCGGAUACCGAGGAGAAAGGGCCUAGAGCGAAUCUUGACAGCAAACUCGACACAGAACUAAUAUGUCAUGUAGAGAUGCAACCGACAUUACAGUUAUCGUUGAUGGCUAUAAUACCUAGUCCGUCGCGCUUCCAUACCUGGGAGAAGCUGCGAGGCACCCAAAGCUCUAUACUUCGUUUUCUUCGCAAUAUUUCACGAACGGCAAAUAUAUCGGACAAUUUACAGAACUUAAUCAAGGCGGCCGAUGUAGAAGUGCCGAGCUUGCUAUUAUUCAGCACUGCCAAGAAGAAAUAUUUGGAAAAGAGAUAAGGCGUCUAAGGGCUGGUGAAAUAGUUAAACGCGAAAGCAUACUCUACAAGUGCUCGCCGUAUAUAGACGAGAUGGGGGUACUUAGAGUACGGGGCAGAAUAGACAUGGCGGAGGAUGUCGCAUUUGAGGUCAGACGACCCAUAAUAUUACCACGCAACAGUCGAGUAACCGACUGUCACCGACUUUUACCACCGCCAAUUCCACCAUCACCACAACGAGAUAGUAGUUAACGAAAUGAGACAGCGCUAUUUUGUUCCAGGUCUAAGAGCAUUGGUUAGAGCCACGGCGAAAUCGUGUCAAUGGUGCCGAAAUCGUCGCGCCAUUCCGCGUCCCCCAGAGAUGGGCCAUCUGCCGAAAGAGAGAUUUGCGAUACUUGCAAGGCCUUUUACAAACACUGGCAUUGACUUCUUCGGACCUUUCGAAAUAGCAGUAGGCAGACUUCGGGAAAAACGCUGGGGCGUUCUCUUCACGUGCCUGACGAUUCGGGCAGUGAAUAUUGAGCUCUCCCUUUCGCUUUCAACUGAUACGUUUCUUCUGACUCUUAAGCAAUUCAUGGCACGUCGCGGCGUUCCAAAGUGUAUAUGGUCGGAUAAUGGGACACAUUUCCGUGGGGCUAGUCGCGUUCUUCAAGAGGAAAUUCAACGGUUAUCAUGUGGAGAGGUGGAACGCCACCACCCUAAAAUCAAAUGGAAUUUUAUAACCCCCGCUGCACCUCACAUGGGCGGGGAAUGGGAGCGAAUGGUUAGGUCGGUCAAAUCAAUAUUGAUGGAUAUUCUGGAAAAGGCUAAUCUGCGAGAGGAAGCACUUCGAGCGACGUUAGCUGACGUGGAACAUAUUUUAAACUCCCGUCCCCUAACUUAUGUGCCUCUGGACACUCCGGAAAUGGAUGCUUUAACACUUAACCAUUUUCUUUUAGGCAGCUCCAAUGGUAUUCGCGACAGCGACGAAACCAGGGGGAAUGGUUCUACACUUACCAAAAUCUUUCGUUGGAUUCGCGAGUACUUACCCUGCUUAACAAGGUGCGGUAAAUGGUUCGAAAGGUCUUCUGAUCCUAUAGGGCUCGACGAUGUCGUUAUUAUUGUAGAUGACAAUGCAAAACGAAAUACAUGGCGAAAGGGCAUCGUCAUCUACGUAUAUCUGGGCAAUGAUGGAGAGGUGCGGAGUGCAGUCGUGAAAACAACCGACUUAUUAGUCACGACCAUAAAGUUACCUAAGCUCGACGUCAAGGAGCAAGCCUCGUAAGACGGAGCUUUACGAAGUUUACGGAGGGGGGAUGUUAUCUCGCCUCGACUCAACUUUAUUCAACGUCUCCGAAUUUUAACGACGACGGCUUCGAGCUUUGCAAACGUCAUAACUCUCGCUCAUCUGCUGUCAUCACGCUGUCACUGACCUCUCGCGCCUUUGACUUCAAUUUCUUUCCUUUUUCACGUGGGUUUCUAGCCGAGCAGAAGUAAAUCUUAUAUAUAUAAUCCUUAUCCUGAGUUUCAUUUUCGCCCGAAAAUCUUCACUUUUCGGUUAAUAUGAAUUUAGCCGGAAAAUUUUUCGCUUUCGAACAUAAUUUUCGCUUAUCGGCAACUCUAAUUCCGGGCGAAAAGAAUAGCCAUUUUUGUGGAAAUAUUUCACUUUGUUUUGAGACGCGAACAAAAUAGCUGCAACAUGAGUAAAGCAAUAAAUAAAGUUCAAAGUGAUAUCCUGCUGAGUAGGAUGCAAGAAAAUCCUGACAUUGCCCGGGGCUUCGUAAGGGAAAACAGGGAGAACCUCGCAGAAUUUUGGAAACAAUUGACUUUGGAAUUGUAUAGCGCAGGCCCUCCAGUAAAAAAGGAAAUGCAAAGGAAUAUGCAUCUGGCUGAAAUGAAGUGGUACAAUUUAGCGAAGGAAAAAUUAAAAAAGGAAGACCUUGCAAUAAAGCGCCACAUGCUUGAAAUCAAAGCGGAAAAGCUAGUUCUGUUUCGUCAUAAAAAGGCUCGGAACUAAAGUCUUA